CUCAUGAAGAUAGUGCACAGCAUUCAUUUAAAUGGAUGAAUUUUGACCCAGGCUUUAGGUGGAAAAGAUGUGCUGAACUUUCACAUGGAGGUCAGUUCAGUGCAGCCAACUGUUAUGAAAAGAAAAAGUCAGCAUGCAAAAGACCAGCUGAACGAGACCUUGACAUAUUUGCAGGAUUUUGGGAUUCUGUGGUAAUUUCAACAACAUUAAGUUUAUCAGCCAAUUCUUCUUACAAUGACUCAAAAGAUGAAUGUAUUAAGAAGACUGAGUGCCUUGGCUAUGGCUUAUGGCGAAAUGGAUAUUUCCUAUUAAAUGGCUAUAGUUUGGUUGGUGGAGGAUUUGGUCCAAGUGUGAUGUUUUUAAAAUCAGUAUGCGAUCAUGGAUAUUAUGGAAAAGAGUGUGAUGGUAAUUGCCCACGUUGCCAUUGGGAGAAGUUAUGUCACCCUGUAAGUGGAACAUGCGAGAGACCCAUUGUUUGUUCAGCACCAGAAAGUAUAGGUACAUGUUCUUUGGGCUUAUACAGCUUAAAAUGUUCCCUUGGUGCUGGCUGGUGGUACUGGCGGGGAACAUGUUACUUGAUAGAAAAAAAUAGAAGAGUGACAUGGGAAGAAGCUUUGGUGUCGUGCAGGCAUUUUAAAGACACUAGUCUACUUCAACUGGAUAAUCGUAGGGAAAAGGUAUGGCUCCAAGAGAUGACAACUCAACCAAUGUGGGUAGGACUGCAGUGGCAUGCGAAGGGAAAGGAGUGGCUGUGGGGAAAUGGGACAACAACAAAUGCUAGUAAAAAAUGGUUACAAAUAGAAGGAGGCACACUUGAUAGCUGUGGUACACUUAUCCAAAGAUCAUUAGCACUGCAGUCUGCAAAGUGCAAUGAAAAGUUUCAUUUUAUAUGUAAAAGACAAGAAGAUGUGAACAUAUUUGAGAAAUAUAAAGGCCACAUAAUAACACAAAGGGAAAAUGUAUUGCCUAAGAGUUUCUCCACUUUGCAAUCUGCUCAGGAGGACUGCAUUUUUGAGAGAACUGUUUGUACUGGUGUAGUCUUCUCACAGGGGCGGUACCAUAUGGUUAGUGGAAAAGAGGUAUUCAGAAGCCUUCAUGCAGACGAUAUAUUAUACUUGAAAUCUGUUUGUCGGGUUGGAUUUCAUGGCACAAACUGUCAGUUCCAAUGCCCGAAGUGUAAAAAUGACCUCCCCUGCAAUCCUAUCACUGGCAAAUGUAUGGCUUCUACCCUAACCAAAUGUAGCUUAGACUCUCCAGAUCCAAAGUGUGCUGAACAAGUUUUCACAGGCUUAUGCCCAAAAAAACCCCAGUGGUACUAUUUUUCCAAAUCAUGUUAUUAUGUGGAAAACAUAAAAAAAGAUACAUGGGACAAUGCAAGGAUUGCUUGCCAAGGAUUUAAGAAAGCAGACUUAGUUAAAAUUACAAACAGUCGUGAAAAGAUGUGGGUACAGUAUAAAGGAGAUGACAGCUGGAUUGGUUUGAUCUUCUACAAGCGAUCUGCCCAGUAUCUUUGGGUAGAUAAUUCAUCUUCAGUUUUUCAAAAUGCAUGGGUCAUUAGGCGAAAUAGAAGAUACAUGCUUUCUGAUUAUGACUGUGGAGUUGCUUUCCAAAAUUAUCUUUCUGUGGCAGAUUGUUACCAUCAAAGAAAAUGGGUCUGUAAAAGAGAAGAAGUUGUUGAUCUCUUUGUGGGAUACGAUGGAAGAGCAUUUUAUUUGCCUGAUGGAACAGCUGCUAAAUAUUCUACCUUGGCUCAAGCUAAGCAGGCCUGUUUAGCCUUGAAAACAUGUACUGGAGUGACACAUGCUGGAAAAGAUUUCUUGAUGCACACUAGUAUGGACCUAUAUAAUACUAGAGAAAAAACAGUGAUAACCUGGAUCAAAUCAAUUUGUGCUGCUGGAAGAUAUGGGGAGACAUGUGAACGUAUGUGUCCCAAGUGUGAUGGUGACAUACCAUGUAACCCACAUACAGGGUUGUGUGGAGAUAGCGUGUUCUGCAACAAAAAUGAUCCUGCUUUCACUUGCAAAAAAGGAACCUUGAUUGGUGGAAGGUGUCCUGAGGAGGAUAAUUGGAUGUAUUGGCAUGGCAGCUGUUACUACAUCCAUAAAGGAGAAAAUAAAAAAUGGCAACAGGCAAGAAGCAUGUGCAGACGGUAUAGCAACACAGACCUUCUCUGGAUAACCAGUAAACCUGAAAAGAAAUUCCUUCUAUCUGUACUGCCUGGAGGAACUUACUGGAUUGGUCUUAAUGGGAUUAGAUUUUGUACCUAUGUGCGGUGGUCGUAUGCUACUGCUUCAAAUUCAGAUUUCGAAUGGUUACAUAAGAAAUUGUGGACAUUCUUUUGGAAGUGCUGCGCAUAUCUGAUCAUUCCUGAAGGUUCAGUGGUAGGAACUGGAUGUAUAUGGGAAAACUUAUGGAUUUGCAAGAGAAAAGAAGAAGAAACAAAGGAUUUCCGCAAAUUUGAUGGCUAUUUCCUUGUUGGCAUUACCAAAGGUAGUAAAUCAGUCAACCACACAUCAUUAAGUGCAGCCUUUCAACAUUGUAGAGCUGAAAGAAAAAAUUGUACUGGAAUUCAGAGGAUAAGAACUACUUAUGUAACAUCACUUGCAAACCGAUUGGUGCUUAUCAAUGGAUCCUUUGCAAAUAUCUACACAGCGUAUUUGAAAAGUG